AUGGGAAUUAAAAGCAAGAACUCGACGAGGAAGGCCUUCUCGGAGGCUGCAGCGAAUGCGGCGAGGACGGCUGUCGAGACGGUUACUGUGCGCACGGCGGGUAAAACGCCGCAUCGUCGUGUAAGUUUUGAAGCAGCAGACGUCACGAAGAAGAAAUCAUCCGGUGAAUCCAAAGCCGUGAAAAACACAAAGAAUUCCGCUGCGGCAGCGAAGCGUGCCAUCGUGGGCGGCAUCAUCGAAGCCAGAAAACGUCCCCGUGAGGAGGAAGACGGGGAGGGGGAUGAAGACGACGACGACGACACCGCUGCUCAUGAUGUCCAUGACGACGAGGAAGAGGAGUCGGAUGUGCAGUCUGUGGAUCCUGAUAGUGACAACGAGGAGAAUUUAAGCGAGCUUGCCGACAGCGAGAACGAAAGUGAGGCAAGUCAGGAGGAGGAGUGGGAAAAUCCAUUUGAGAAGUCAAAGCGUGAAGGGACGCGGUUGUCUUACGAGGCGCUGCGUCUUCGUUUUCUUCCGCCGGAGUUUCAGGAGCCACAGCUCUUCAAGUUCCUCUCGCAGUUUGGCGCAAAGGUGCUGAACUGCUUCUGUGUACGGAGCCGAAGAACACAUCAAUCGAAGGGUAUUGCGUACGUCCAGUUUGAUUCCCCAGCAGUGCUCCCGACGGUGGUGGAGGAAUGUCACGGCAUGUCACUUGGCGGCCGUGCUGUUCAAGCGAAUGUCGUCACUUUACACCGUGCGAUGCCGUCAAAGGAGAAGAUUGCCCAGCGACGACAGCUUGCGUACGCGUACAAGACACGAGGUGCACCUCUCCACCAUCAUGAUAUACGCAAGAAGAACCCCAUUGCAGCACUCAUUAAAUACACCAACGUGGAGAAGGCGAACAAUGAGCACUUGAAGCGCCUUGGUAUUGACUACGCGUACCACGGGUUUGAAGAGCAACUGAAGAAAAUUCCUAGCCAUCUGAUCAUCCGGAAAAAGAAAAGGGCGAGGAAGGCCCAUAGAAACGAUAAGAACGCCACAGAUAAAAAAAAUAACGUGGAAUUAACAGUUGUGUCGUCAUCUUUGUUGUCUUCAGGGACAGCCGCCGCCACUGCGACUGGGCAGAGAAGAAUGAAAAAGUCUGUUAGGGGCGAUGGCACCGCAGUUGCCUCCCCAUCCUCCGCCCCGGCGGCAUCUCAAGCAGGAAACAAAAAAAAGAGGACAGUUGCCACUGCCAAGAAGAGGCGCCGUUUGGGGACCUCUACAAGUGAGUGA